GCUCAAGCUCGCCUCCAGAUUCUUCUUCUUCUUCUUCUUCUUCUUCUUCUUCUUCUUCUUCUGAUUCUCUGCAGAUCAGGGUGGCCCGGCCGCCUCGUUGAAUCUGCAUCCGCGGCGUCCGCGGUCCGCCCAGGUCGCUGGGAGCGGAGCGGGAGCUGAGGAGGAUCUACUGAGGUGGCGGUCGGGAUGGGGCUGGAUUUGGGAGCGCUCGUUCUCAAAUCCGGCGGGCUGUCGGUGUCGGACUACGACUCGAUCGUCGCGAUCAACAUCUUCGUGGCACUGCUGUGCAGCUGCAUUGUGAUCGGGCACCUGCUGGAGGGGAACCGGUGGGUCAAUGAAUCCAUCACCGCGCUUGUCAUGGGGCUGAUCACCGGAGGUGUGAUUCUGCUCGUCAGUGGUGGGAAGAACUCACACAUUCUUGUGUUCAGUGAGGACCUCUUCUUCAUCUAUUUGCUUCCACCGAUCAUAUUUAAUGCUGGGUUUCAAGUAAAGAAGAAGCAAUUCUUCCGCAAUUUUAUGACAAUUAUUUUGUUUGGUGCUGUUGGGACAUUGAUAUCCUUUGUAAUAAUAUCUCUAGGUGCUAUGGCAUUGUUCAAAAAACUUGACGUUGGUCCACUCCAGCUUGGGGACUAUCUUGCAAUUGGGGCGAUCUUCUCAGCAACAGAUUCUGUUUGCACCUUACAGGUGCUUAACCAGGACGAAACGCCCCUACUCUACAGUCUAGUUUUCGGUGAAGGGGUUGUCAAUGAUGCUACAUCUGUUGUGCUCUUUAAUGCAAUUGAAAACAUUGACAUUGCUAAUUUCGACAGUCUUGUUCUACUAGCGUUCAUUGGAAAUUUUCUCUACCUAUUCUUCACCAGUACCCUUCUUGGAGUAGUUGCUGGGUUGCUUAGUGCCUAUAUUAUCAAGAAACUAGGUUUUGCCAGACACUCAACGGACAGAGAAGUUGCUAUCAUGAUACUCAUGGCGUACCUUUCAUAUAUGCUGUCGAUGCUGCUAGAUCUGAGUGGCAUCCUCACUGUUUUCUUCUCCGGAAUAGUAAUGUCACAUUACACUUGGCAUAAUGUGACAGAAAGCUCUAGGAUUACUACCAAGCACACUUUUGCAACUUUAUCUUUCAUUGCUGAAAUUUUUCUAUUUCUCUAUGUUGGGAUGGAUGCACUGGACAUUGAAAAAUGGAAAUUAGCUAGCAGCAGUCCUAAGAAACCAAUUGCUUUAAGUGCAACUAUAUUGGGCUUGGUUAUGGUUGGAAGAGCAGCAUUUGUAUUCCCUUUGUCUUUCUUAUCCAAUCUAAGUAAAAAAGAGACACGCCCAAAGAUCUCCUUCAAGCAGCAAGUAAUCAUAUGGUGGGCAGGUCUCAUGAGAGGAGCAGUGUCAAUAGCACUUGCAUAUCACAAGUUCACCGCAUCUGGUCAUACUGAAUUGCGAAUUAAUGCUAUCAUGAUCACCAGCACAGUCAUUGUUGUGCUGUUCAGCACAAUGGUUUUUGGUUUUCUUACCAAGCCUCUGCUCAAUCUCCUCAUCCCACCAAGGCCUGACAUGGCAGCUGAUCUCUCAAGCCAGUCAAUCAUAGACCCACUUCUUGGAAGCUUGCUGGGGUCUGCUGACUUUGAUGUAGGUCAGGCCUCCCCUCAGAACAACCUUCAGCUUCUUCUCACCAUUCCAACUCGCUCCGUUCAUCGCGUGUGGCGCAAGUUUGAUGACAGAUUUAUGCGCCCGGUGUUCGGGGGCCGAGGCUUUGUUCCAUUUGUUCCUGGUUCACCGGUGGAGAGGAGCACCCAUGGAUCUCAACUGGGUACUGUGACUGAGGCUGAACAUAGUUGAGCUUAAGGUUCUGAAGGUGUAAACAUUUCUGUAAAUUUUCACAGACCACUCAAUUUUGUUCCUGGAUACCAUUUGUGUAUUGCUGUCAUAUCUGGUGCAGAUAGUUUGUGUAGAACGACGUAUUUAAGCUGUUAUAGGUUCUUUUUGGAAGCCAUUGUUCCAAGUGUAUAAUUCAUCUGUAAAUUUAAAUGUUGUCCAUAGAGAAUAAACACAUGCUUUGUAUUGGUUAUAUUGGAUUUGUAGAAAGUACUUCCUCUUUACGAAAU